UGAUGGCGAAACGCCGCAAGGGUUUCAUCAAUACAACGAUGGUGGUGGAUUGGGGAACGCUUCCGAAGGAUAUGUUAGAGCUGAUUUCGAAAUCUCUAAAAUCUUCCUUUGAUCUUUUCCAGUUCCGUUGCGUAUGCUCUUCAUGGCGUAACGCCGCCAAGCCGAAUAAACGCCUUGUACUGUCACAUCAUGACUUUCCGAGCCACCCCGACGUCGUCUUCUCAUCAGAUACCACCGGCUAAAGGUUCCGCCUCUCGCAGCGGAGUAUCUUACUUAUCAAGCCUAACUAUGAACAGGCGGAGGGUUUGAUUGGUGGAUGGCUGGUCAAAGUCGAGGAACAUUCUCAUCUACCUCGUAAGUUGAGUAUCCAUCCACUGAGUGAUUAUUCAGAUUUACAUCGACAUUUCCCUUGCCUUCUUGAUAUGACUAAUUUCAAGGUUCGUGAAUUGGGUCGUGAAUUCGGGCUCCAUUACUUGGAUGCUGAUGAUGGUCUUCUUAGUAAAUACAGUCCACGCGUUGGAAAAACUGUUGUCAAGUAUCUAGAUGAUAGUGAUGAGGAUCAGUCUAAGUUUGUGUUGCUUACGAUUAACAAUUCUGGUAAUCCUGGAAGGUUAGCUGUGUAUACUUCUUGGGUUCAAGCAUGGACUGUGAUCAAUGACGACAUGCCUUCUUGUUAUUUUUGCGAUGUGAUUUUGUUCAAUGGAUGUUUCUUUGCGGUCACGAAAGAUGGGACGACUAUGGCUGUAGAUAUUCCUUCUCUGAAAUUGACAGUACUGGCCGCAAGUCCUGUGUUUGGCGGUGGCGGUGACAAGAAGUUUCUGGUUGAAUCCUCUGGUGUAAUGUUGCUGGUCGAUAUGAUAAGCAGGGAACUUGAAUCAGAUGACCUUCUGAACUUCGAGGAAGAUGAUAUCCAGCAUCACGCUUCUGACAUUAUACUGCAUAAUAUAACCCACAAGAUUGAGGUCUUUAAGUUUGUGGAAAGAGACAAGAGUUGGGUUGAGGUUAAGGAUCUUGGGGAUAAAAUGUUGUUCCUCGGUGAUGAUUCCUCAUUCUCCGCUUCAGCUUCUGAUUUUUUACUUCUCUAUGGUGGAAGUGUCUUCUUCGACGGUUUCGUCUUUGAUUGGGAAGACUUGAACACCAUUAGUGAUGAGAAUUUUGGAGUGUGUGAUUUUAUGUCUCAGGAAAUGAUGCUGGUGAGCCAACACCAUGAGUAUGCCAAGCUGUUGUGGCCUCCACCUUCCUGGAUUACUGAUAGGAUAUUAUGACCUGAGAACAGAGGCCAAGUGUUGGACUAGUGCUAGUAAGGUCAACUCGUCAAAGGUUUCAAAACAACAAGUAUCUGGAUUAGUGAAAGUGAAUACAUUUGUCAAUUCAUUUUGGUUUCCUAAGUUACAUCAUCAAUGUUUUGAGUUAAGUCUAGACCUUCAUCUUGAUUAUGAUGUGAUGACCAAUAACAGAAUAUUUUAGGAAAAAAUAGUCGGGAAAAAUGUUAUUCUUUCUGCAAUUUAUUUACUGGAAUUUACGAUUUAGGAAACUAUAAGCAAAAAUUCUAAUUUGUUUUCGUCAACUUCAGCAAAAUUUUACUUACACACCCGGUGGGACUCUAACCCACAAUCAAACCGUUUGAUUAGAAGUCAAACGCCUUAUCCAUUAGGCCACGGGUGCUACGGUAUCCUCUUUAACA